CAUUAGUAUCAGUCUCCGAGUCGUCUAGUAAAAAGCUGACCAUUUUUAGUGUGAGAGCAUGGUUUCAACCGGGACAUUUCUCUCUGAAAAAACUGAAAAUUUAAGUGCAUUUUUAAAUUUAUAUUUACAAUGAAAUUAGUGCCGUGAUUGCAUCAGAGGGUUGGCUGUCAGCGUUACGCGUAUCGUGUUUUCUUUUCAAAAAUUGUGUGUUAAAUUUAGAAGCAUUUUUUAGCUUAUUUUAAAACCACGAUGAAGUUAUUUCUUUAUCUUGCGGUCAUGGUGCUGUCGGUCGGUGUUGAGUGUUGGUUGCCGCAUUAUGAAGAUGACUCAUCGGAGAUUUCAUCUGAAAUUCUCAAAAAAUUGAAACGACUUUCAGCUGAGAAGCAUCCGCCCUUACCGGAACAGAAACUGCCCAAGGGUGCUCUAAAAAUUAUCCAGGUAUCGAUUCAGGCGUACCCGGGGGAGCAGUCCCCAAUUUUCGAGAACCAAGACAUACCCAGAAUACCCGCUGGCACUUUUUCAGAGGACCGACUCGUUUUGCCGAAGCAUGGUUUAACAAUGUCAGGCCACUCGCAUUUCGGGAACAUCCAACAUCGGAAAGGGCGACAGGACAAGAAGAAAUCGAAGUUCUUCUCCAAAAGUAUCCGGGAAAUCACGGUAGCGGCGAAAAUGGGUGCCCCGGACCCGAAUUCGAACCCUCGUCUGAGACACGCCAUUCUGGAGGCGAGGAAAGUAAACAUGCCGAAAGAGAAGAUAGAUGCCGCCAUCAAAAAAGCCUUGGGUAACGCUGCUAUGGAAAAUUACGAGGAGGUCCACUACGAAGCGUACGGCCCUGGCGGCACCGCGUUAAUGAUCAAGGUGCAAACGGAAAACAAGAAUCGAGUUGUGGCUUUUAUACGGAAAGUCUUCAAUCGCCGCGGCGGACAACUCAGUGAGGCGGGCAGCGUGAAACAUCUCUUCGACCAAGUGGGUCUCAUUGUCUACAGGACAAACGCAACCAAAUUCGACGAUAUCUACGAGUUGGCCACCGACCUGGACGUCAUCGAUGUCGAGGAGGACGCCGACGAAGGAAUCGCGGAGAUCACCUGCGACGUCAAGCAGUUCGGGAUUGUCAGGGACGCCCUCAUUAAGAAGCUGGGGGACCCGGAGUUGGCCCGCCUCUCGUUCAUCCCUAAGAACGUACUGGAGAUCACUGAUAAAGAACUCGUUGAUAAAAUUACGCAACUUAUGGAUGACCUCGACGAUAUUGACGAGGUCCAGUACGUCGAGACGAAUUUUACUUUGCCAAAAGAAUAAUUGGAUUACAUUUUGUAAUACACUGAAGAAAAAAAAGAAUCUUAAAUUUGCCGCCAAUAAGUAUUUCUCCUUAAAUCAAGAAUUUUUCUGGUUAAUAUAAGCUACUUUUUUGCUUAACCCGAAUAUUAUUUCUCUUGUAUCAAGAAAAAGUCAGCUUAAAGCAAGAUAAAGAAAAUUCUUGGCGGUAAAUUCAAGAAUUAUCAUGCUUGAUCCACGCUACUUUUUUUUCAGUGUAAAAAACCACUAUCUCUGGCUUUUCUGUAAAAACACCCAUUUGCGUAUAGGGAAACCAAUAGCAUUAUAUUUUGUUGCUAAAAUCAGCCGGAAAUAGUGGUUCCUUAUUGGAAAAUAGGGUCCAAUUUCUGUUUGUGUGAUCGACCCUGCGGUGGAAAUAUACACGGGAAAAAGUGUUAGGGGUUAUCCCUCAAAAUUCGUCGUUUCCAGGACGAAUGAACAUAACACCAUUUCAGGGUUGCAAAAUUGACUCAAACAAUUCCAUUUUCUACGAGAAUGUACCUGCACAGUUUUUGCUUAAAAAUUUUCUGAUAUUUCCAUGAGAUAAGAGGAAAAAUUAGUGAAAUUUUCGUUUAAAAAUAUCCAAGAUUUUCUUGGUAAAAAGACAUUUCCCGAGGAGAAUUCGGCAACAUUGAAAUUGAGUUACGUUCUUUUGUGGGACAAACGACAUAUUGUGAUACUACCCCUAUUUGUUGGAUGAUAUGGACAUUUUCGACUACUUUUGGUAGUACUGCAAUUCGAGUUUGGGUAUAGUACCGCAAUAUUUGGGAUAGUAACUUUUUUGGAAUACUGCCACAAUUCAUUGGAAAAAAUCAAGUUGGGACUCAGCCCCUAUCUCUAUUUUUCCUUGAAUAGAGCGGCUGAAGAGGAGGUAUUUGGAAAAUCAGAGCAAUCACGAAAGAGGGGCAACCAUUUGGGAAGGGGGGGACAUAUCAGAGAUAGGAGUUCGGGGAGUAAAUAAAAAAGAACUACUAAUCUCGGAUCAUAAUUUGACGUAGUUAAAUCAAAAAGAAGUAUCUUCAUUGUGACUUAAGUUCUGGUGUCCGUGUAUCCUCAUAAGUUUCAAGCUCUCAGGAUCCAAGUAAAAAUAAAGAUAGUUCAUGUUGAUUGAAAUAGUUCCAUUUUUUAAACAGAAACUUUUAUCCGAAGUACUGGAUGCAUGCUCGGAAGAAAAGUUUCUCUGCGCAAAGAAGCCUUCAUAGAAUUGAUCUCUUACAUCGAAUAAGUCUUCGGAAUUGUAAGCUUAGGGUAGAACAAUAAUUAGGGAAAUAAUAAAAAGUAUGAAAAGACAGCACACAUGUAGGAACACAAUUUUUAGUGUUUCUACUAGCAUGUAGAUAGAGUAUAAGUUAUAUUUAUUGACUGCACUCAAAAUCAAUUAUUUUAUUUGCCAACGAGAAUUCAUCCCUCUAUUCUUAGAGCUAUUACAGUUUAUCUGUCUGUUUUCCUCUUCGUACUGUUGUCCCCUAUGGACAUAUUUGACGGGCCUUCUGUACCAAAAUGUUCGUUUAACACUCCUCUGAGCAGUGGUAUCAAUGUCUCCGUUUUUUCAGGUACUGAAGUCCCUUUUCCUGGAAAUGUUCUAAUAUUUUGUAGCUAAAGUAACAAAAAAGACAUAGUUUAAAUGCAAGUUGCUUAAAA